AUGUCGACGUCGCAGCAUCACGACGCUUACGGCCGGCCAUAUCGGCAGGCAUCGCAUGGAUCCUACUCGCACUCUUCCUACGACCGGCAGCACGACCAGGCCUCUGACCCUUAUCAUACCGACGCUCGGACGGCAUACGGUCCGUAUGAUCCUCGCUACCCCUACGGCCAGCCCGAGCCUUCUCAGGGUCACGCAUGGACCGCCCAACAGUCGCGAGCAGCGGGCGCAUCCGUGCCAGCAUACGACCAGCCGCAGCAGCAGAGCUCAUACGAUCCUGCAGAUCGACUGGAUCGCAUGCACAUUUACGACCAAUCAACGCAGUCCGCGAUGCUGCAGCAGCAGCAGCAAUACUAUCCAUCACGCGCCCCUUCGGCGUCCAGCAAGCGCGAUCCUGCUCUACCCAGCUACUCCCACACAACAGAGCCUAUGAGGCAUCAAGACGCACAUACAGUCACCUACAGUGCUGCUCCUACGACCAAAUCGUAUUUCACAGGUCGUAGCGAGCCCUCGGACCGCCCUGUCUCAACAGCAAGCGGUAUCAUCAGCUUGUAUACCGACGACACCGGCACACCCCUGAUCGAUCAAACUUCCCACUUUGCUUCCGAGUCCGCGCCAGUUCCUCCCCUCCAUCAAGCAGUCCCUCGAUACGAAAGCACUGUAUCGGAUCACAACCGCUCAGCACAUCGUCCAUCGCAGCGAGCCAGCCGUCCGCUACCCGUCGCACCUGCACCCCGCCCCCUGGAGCACACCAGCCUCCCUAGUCCAGGUGCCGCUCAGGAAAAGUCCCGAACACCUACGGGACCCCUCUCCCCCACCUUCCGCCACCGCGCCGAUGGUGUCGAUCCGUACGCCUCUCAGCAGGGCUACUUCAACAGCGUCUCCCCGCCCCCGGCCUCCUCCACAGCAUGGUCGCCGCCCGUCACGCCUUCCGCUACCCAGCACAGUACUGCGCCCUCUUCUUCGUCCAACUCCGGUGCUGCGCCCUCGUGGAGCCCGUCGGCCAGCCAAUUCGGCACGCCAAGCAGCUCCUACGGCCAUCGACCCUUGCCCUCCACCGCCACCUCGCUCGACCGCUCCUUUUCGCCUCCGCCUAGGGACGGUGCAAGCGCUUCGCCCCUCUCAUCCUUCCGCUCGCCAUCGUAUACGCAGGCAAGCGCCCGAAAUGCUCGGUCGCCCGCCCAAGCUCGAAGCGAGCACGACCAGCGCUCCGACGCAGGCCGUGGCGCCGUCUCGCGUACACCGUCUGCCAAGCUGGGCCACACCGCCGAUUCCUCCUACGAUCCGGAUUCGCUCAACGCCACCAACUCCGAUCGCGAAAGUCUGCGCCAGCGAACUCGCAGCGAGGCCUCCGACCUAUCUGUCCGCCCAAGCAGGUCCUACCGCCAGCCUUUGCCGCCCAUUCCUGGCGCCAGUCCAAACGCCCAGGGCAGUGAGUACCUGGGUCAUGGCUAUCCUGCCACCGUACACGGCAAUCAAUCCGCAGCCGGCGAUGCGUAUCGCGCUCGCAUGCCCUCGCAGAAUUCUCUCCAGCACCAGUCCAGCUUCUCGCAUCUGCCAGCCAGCGUUAUGCGCACACCCUCGCAACCCAGAACUACGGCGAGUCCAGGCGACGAGAAGCGCCAGAUGGCGGACAAGUACAGCCACGAGAGGGUAGAUUCGCUCGCUUGGGAGCCGGUCUACAGCCCUCGGCCCAAGGUCGAACAAGCUCUUUCGCGCGAGGCACCGCGCGUCAGCCGUGUGCAAGCGCCCGAGUGGUCGCUACUUUCCACCGUCGCGCUUCUCCUGCGCGCCAAGGUGCCUCGCGGCGUCCAAAUCAAAGGUAGCAUAGACUAUCCCAACAGCUUCACCGGCAAGGACGUCGUCUCUACGUUGCAGGAACUGCUCGUAUCGGAUACGGUCGGCUCUCGACAUGCACUCGUCGUGUCGGGCGAUGCUGCCGGUGUGCGCCAGGUCGCCCUCUCGCUGGCAAAAUCGCUCAAGAGCCAGCUCUUCUUCCACGAGGUCGAUUGGGGCGAGAAGGAGCUCACAGACGAUGUGGACGAAGUGUACACCUUCCUCGAGGAUAGCCUCGCAGAUAUGGGCUCGGCACCAGCCGAUCCCGACGAUUGGACAGCCGGUCUGAACCACAACUCCGCCUUCGACUCGAGUCUCAGCUUUUCCGUCGGUGGCGCCGCCGCCGACCAAGCUCGAAAGCCGGCCAACACCGAUCUCGAUGACCUGCCCAACGGUGUCUUUACUCCCCUGACUCGCUGCUACAGCCCGCUCUGUAGCCCGGGUCGCGCGUCAGCCUGCUACAGCCCGUCGUGCUCAAACUCAGCCACAAGCCCCCUUCGUUUGACUGUCACUGACUCGGACAGUAAGGCGGCGAGGCUCGGCGGCGUCUUGGAUGGCGGAAUCACCGCGGAUCAGGCUCAAAAGAAGGCGUGGGCCGAGCUGGUUCCACCGGAGUUGCUCAAAAAUAUCCCACAGGCUGAAAUCGCCCGCCAGAAUGCUAUCCUCGAGACGAUCCAGAAGGAGGAAGAGUUUCUGGCGGAUCUCGAGCUCUUGGAGUCGUUGUUCGUGCAAGGCCUCCAGAAGCCCAGCGAUGCAGGCGACCCACCUCCGCUGCCGAUCGGGCCGGAGCGCGACGACUUCAUCCGCGAAGUAUUUGGCAACCACCGCGAGCUGGCGAUCCACAUUCGAGCUUUGGUAGAGCGACUCCACAUCCGUCAGAGGGAGGAGAACCCAAUCAUUCAGACAAUCGGUGACCUUUUCCUCAGCGCAGCCCUCGACUGGGGCGAUGCUUACACGACUUAUCUCAUCAACUAUCCGCUCGCCAUCAGCCGUGUCAAGCGCGAGAUGUCGGUCAAUCCUCGCUUCAAGGCAUUCGUGGAAGCCUGCAGGCGUCAUCCUGCAGCGCACAAGCACCCGCUUGAAAACUUCCUGUUUCGCCCGCCAGCACGUCUGCAGAGGUACCACCUGCAUCUCGAGUCGAUCCUCAAGAAAACAGAGGACGGCAACAACGACCGCGACAGCCUGCAGAACGCCAUCGACAUCAUCAAUGAUCAGUGCAAGACUGCCCAGACGGGCGUCGAAUCGGCAGAGCUCAAGGUCAAGAUCCGAGAGUACGCGUACAAUCUGUCGGCGAAGCGCAACAAGCAUGCCAUCGACAUGGAUCUGCUCAACCCGGAACGCCAGCUUAUCCAUCAAGGACGCGUGCUGCGCAAACCGGACGCAUUCGACUUUGACUGGACCGAGCUGCUGGCCAUCCUCUUCGACAACUACUUUAUCGUCACCAAGCAGAAACGGAUUGCUGAAGGGCCCGAUGAUGACCUCUCGAACGUUGCAUCGUCGUCUACAACGGCAGGCGCGCGAUUCGUGCUGGCAAAGCGUCCCAUCCCGGUCGAGAUGCUUGAGGUCACCGGUCUCACGGAAUCGUCCAUCUCCCGCUCCAUCGGCCUGAGCAACUUCCACAUCAGCCGAGAGCGCGAAGCCCGCGACUUUUGGCCCUUCACGAUCUCUCAUCUGGGUGGCAAGAUCGAGCCCAUCGCACUGUAUGCGCCGUCGAAAGCUGCCAGGGACCAGUGGAAGGCCAAGCUGGACGAAGCCAUCGGCCUGCGCAUGGCCAUGCAAGACAGCAACCGGGUGUUCGACCAGCAAGUGCUGAGCGACGAAAUCUUUGCCAUCCCUCCUGCGAUCAGCUUGGAGCCGGACAGGCCAGUGCCAGGCGUCGAUCCGAGCGUCUUCCACGGUCGUGUUACAUGUGCGGUGCCUUUCGUGACCGCGGACGGACGACGGCUCGUGGCGGUCGGAUGCGCAGACGGUGUGUGGAUCGGGCUGCGCAACGAUCCCAAGUCGCUGCGCAAGGUGCUGCACCUCAAGUACGUCACGCAGUGUGCCGUGCUCGAGUCGUUUGGCAUCUUUGUGGUGCUGGCGGACAAGGUGCUCAUCUCGUACAGCCUCGAGGCGCUGGUGCCGACGACGUCGAGCAGCAACUCGUCGCUGCGGCCGCCGCAGAAGCUCAGCGGCAACCGCGACGUGCUCUUCUUCAACGUCGGCGUGCUCAAGGACCGCACCCUGCUCAUCUACAUGAAGAAGAAGGCCAACGAGAGCGUCUUCCGCGCGCUCGAGCCUGUGCUCAAUGCGCCGCGCGGUCCCGAGGGCAAGUCUGGAUCCGGCUUCUUUGGCAAGUUCGGCAAGGACUCGAAGAACUCGGACUGGUUCCGGAUCUACAAGACGUUCUUCAUCCCGUCCGAGGCGUAUUCGAUCCAGUUCCUCAAGUCGAAGCUUUGCAUCAUCUGCGCCAAGGGCUUCGAGAUCAUGAAUCUGGACAGUCUGCUGCCAGGCACGAUCCCGGACUUUGUGCACGCCAACCGCGAGGACUUGCGAGUGCAGCAGCUGCAGAAGCGCGUGGAGACCGCCAAGCCGCUGGGCAUGUACAAGACCAGCGACGGCGACUUUUUGCUCUGCUACGACGCCUUUGCGUGCUACGUGGAUCGACUGGGCGAGCCGACGCGGCUGGAGCAGAUCAUCGAGUGGGAGGGCUUCCCCAAGCAGGUGGCCUUCUCGGGAGACUACGUGCUUGCUUUCGACUCGCGCUUUGUCGAGGUCAGGGACGCUCUGACGGGCCGCCUGGUUCAGAUCAUGCGCGGCAACGACUUGCACUUUGUCUCGGGCAACAGCACCGUCACGUCGUCUUCGUCCGAGGCCGCACAGCUGGCCGCGCUCGAUGCCGACGCGAACCCGGUGAUCUUGACCAAGCGCGAGCGCGUCGCCGGUCGCAUCCCCUUCGACUUCCAGAAGGUCGUGGAGCUCAGCCCGACGGGGCCCCCGGCCGGUUCCAGCGGCUAUGCCCCGCAGUUUCAGCGAUCGGGGACGGUCAUGUCGAACGCGCGCUGCGCUCAGAUCACCUCGGCAUCAGACAACACUGACGUCGCGCGCGGCCACGUCGACCCUACUACCUCGCGUGCCGGCUCGUUCGAUCCGAUCGCCGCCAUCCAUAAGAUGGGGAACACACACUCGAGCGCGACCGCCCGGAUGGCGGGUAUUGGCAACCUGGUCUCAGAAGUCGGCAACGAUAUCCAAUAUGACAAGGGAAUCGGCAGCUCAAGGUUCCUACGUGCUGUUCGUGCCCGCCACCGCCUCGGUCCCAUCGUGGUGAAAGCCUUCGUCAAGCCUGAUCCGUCGAUGAGCCUCAAGAGCCUCGUCAAACACAUCCGCAUCGAGCGCGAGUCGCUGGCCGAUGUCCCCAACGUGCUCACCUACCAAAAAGUCGUCGAGACCGAACGUGCAGGCUACCUCAUCCGUCAAUGGCUUCACAGCAACUUGUACGACCGCAUCAGCACCCGACCCUUCCUCAGCUCGGUCGAGAAGCGAUGGAUCACCUUCCAGCUUCUGCACGCCAUGAGCGACGCUCACGAGCGCAACAUUGCCCAUGGCGAUCUCAAGUGCGAGAACAUCCUCGUCACCACCUCGCUCAUGAUUUACGUCACGGACUUUGCGUCGUCGUUCAAACCCACCUACCUCCCGCUCGACGACCCGUCCGACUUUUCCUUCUUCUUCGAUACUUCCGGCAGGAGGACUUGCUACAUUGCGCCCGAACGAUUCUACGCGGCAGACUCGAAAUACGCCCCAGGCGAGAUGCGCAUGGACGCAGACGACCAGGACGUGUCCGAUCGGCUCGGAGAGCUCAAGGCGGACGUGCUCGGCAUGGGCAGACGCAGCGGCAAGGUGACGCAGGCCAUGGACGUCUUCUCGCUCGGAUGCGUCAUUGCAGAGUUGUGGCGCGAGGGCGCUCCGACUUUCACGCUGAGCCAGCUCUUCAAGUACCGCGAAGGCAUCUUUGAUCUGGACGCCAUGCUCGCCACCAUCCCCGACGACGCAGUGCGCGAGCUCGUGCGCAGCAUGGUCGCCCUCGAUCCGAAAGAGCGCAAGGCAUUCAAGGAGUACCUGGCUGAAGGUCGGGGCUCGGUCUUCCCGCCGGCGGUGCCAGACUUCCUGCACGAGUACCUCGUUGAGCUGCAAAGGACUUCGCCCGCUGCACUCCAGCAGGCUGGCGGUGGAGUCUCGUCCGUCGAUAGCGCAGCCAGUGGAUCGAACGCCUCCGCCACCGCCGUCUCGUUGAGAUCGGAGCCGAGCCCGCGCCAAAUGCAGCGAGCAGAGAGCGACGAACGCAUCGAGAAGCUGUACGAGGAGUGGGCGACGGUCGUGCGCUACUUUGACGAUGAUGUGGAUCGCACCGAUACCUCGGAUCCGAACGCCGGCCCGAGCGGGCUGGCGGCGCGCAUCAACGGCGUUCUCGGCCGCUUCGGUCUCCAGUCGAGCUUUCAACAAACAAGCGAGGGUGACACGGCAGAGGACGAACGAUCUGGCACACACGAAUUGUACGACGUCUUCCCGAUGCAUCUUUGCAUUCCCGGUGUGCCGAUGCAAAAAGCGACGCUCAACAGCGCAUCUGCAGACACGGACGGGACAGCACAGCUGAUCCUGUCCGUGAUCUUGGCCAACCUGCGCAACUGUGUGCGACCGUCGUCCAAGAUCCACGCACUCGAGCUGCUCGUCCACCUCUCUACGCGGUGGCUCACCGACGAGACCAAGCUCGAUCGGGUGCUGCCGUUCGCCAUGUCGCUGUUCAACGAUACGUCGUCACAGGUGAGGAUGGCAGCGAUCCGCACAUGCGUGCAGACGCUAAUGCUCGUGAGGAUCGUGACGCCGUCCAACGCCAACAUCUUUGCCGAGUACGUCAUGCCCAACAUCAAACAGCUCGGAUUCGAUCCAUCCACCCCCGUGCGAUGUACAUUCGCGGCGUCGAUCGUGCCUUUGGCCGAGACGGCCGAGCGCUUUCUGCAAAUGGCGCAGGCCAUGCGGGCUGAAGGCCUCUUCGCGGUCGAAAGCGACCUCAACGGCGGAUUCGUCGACGAUCAGCCGAGCGAGGCCAACUACGAUGAGCAGCUGCGCACGUUUCAGGCGCUGCUGCAGGAGCUCAUCGUGACGUUGCUUACCGAUCCAUCGGCGUCAGUCAAGCGCGCGCUGCUGGCGGGCAUUGCGCCGCUGUGCAGGUUCUUUGGCAUGGCCAAGACCAACGACGUCAUGCUGAGCCAUAUGAUCACCUAUCUCAACGACCGCAACUGGCUCCUGCGCGAGGCAUUCUUCGAUAUCAUCGUCGAUGUAGCCGAGGUGUCGGGGACGCGCAGCCUCGAAGAGUACAUCCUGCCGCUCAUGACCCAGGCGCUGUCGGAUGCAGAGGAGAACGUCGUGUACCGCGUCAUUAAUGGCCUGCGCACCAUGACCGAGAAAAACCUGCUCGAUCGAGAGCGCAUCCUAACGCUCCUCAGCACGACGCUCGGGUUCUUGUGCCAUCCGAAUCUGUGGCUGCGUCAGGCAGUUGCAGGACUGAUUGCAGUCGCGGCGACCAAACUAGAGGACGUCGAUGUUUGGGCGGUGCUCUACCCUUCCUUAAGGCCACUGUUACGCGCAGACGUGCACGAGUUCAGCGAGACCAACCUGCUUGAGAUGGCCAAGCCUCCCCUGUCGCGGCCAGUCUUCUCGGCCGCCCUGACGUGGGCAUCCCAGUCAUCCCAGUCGGCGUUCUGGAAGAGCGCCACCGAGGGCAAGGAACAGGCUGGACUCAAGAAUGGGCUCGCCACUGAGGGCGUCGGACUUCUGCUCGGCAAGAGCGGACGCGAGGUCGUUUCCACUGCGACGGGUCGCACCGAGGAAGAUGACCGCUUCCGCGACCGGCUUCGAAGCCUGGGCAUGGAGGACGACGACGAGAUCAAGCUCGUCGCUCUGCGUGGCAUCAUCCGCCGCCUUUCGCGACAGGGCUCCAAGGUGCACGGCUCCAAGGUGCACGUCAGCGCCGACUGGGACGCUACAAGCCCGGCCGCGGGCUCUGGCGCCAGCGCUGAUGCUACACGCGCCCAUCCCAAGGCCACCAUAGAGCCUCAGUCGCUCGACGGCAUUACGCCCCAGACGAUCUUUUUCAGCGCCAAGACCGACACACGCGCCGCGACGUCUGCGAGCGAAGGCGCGAGUGCGUACACAGGCACGUUCCGGUCGCAGGACGAUGAGUCUUUUUCGGCGCAGGUGGCGCGGCGGCGUCUGCAGGGCCAGCGGACGGCGAGCGAGGGCUCGCUGGGCGGACCCAUCGCGGACAUGAGGCGGCGCAUGGGUGCAGCACAGAUCGGCGACUCGCAGCCAUCGACGUUCUCGACGCGCCUGUCGAGCCUGCAGGAAGAGCAAUCCGAGGCAAAGCACCGCAGCCAUGCAGCACCGAGCUCGCCGAGUGCGCUGUCGCAGCAGGCCCAGGCGCGACUGGGCGUCGGAAAAGCAAGUCCGGCGGUGGCGUCGACGGCGUUCACAGCGAUAGGGACGAUGACGGAGGCCUCGGCGCGCGCGCGCAAGCUGCACGCAGCGAAUGCACAGGCCUCGACACGACCGACACCGUCAGGCUCGCGAGCAUCUACGGUGCGAGGCGGCGACGCCGGCAAACUCGGCGCAGCAGCUCCGAUCGAUGGCAGCUCGGGCACAACCUUCACCAGCACCUACGAUGGCAACGAUCCGUACAUCCGCGCGCAUCUCGAGGCGGUGUAUCUGGAUUCAUUCCGGGACCGGCCGGAGCUAGGACCCAAGGUCCAAGCGGGUGUGGCGCGGCGCCGCGGUGGCGGCUGGAAUCGGAGCUCGACGCUGCCGCGCGUGCCGACUUCGAGCAGCAGCAAGCGCCGACCAGAAGGCCGGCUGAUUGCCUACUUUACCGAACAUACUGCGGCGGUGACGUGUCUUGCGCUUUCGCCGGACCAUGCGUACUUUGUCUCGGGCUCUGCCGACGGUACCCUCAAGGUGUGGGACACGGCACGGCUCGAGAAGAAUGUGACGUCCAAAUCGCGCGCCACGUACGCGGCUCAAAAGGGCGCCAUCACGGGCGUGAUUGCGAUUGAGGGCAGCCACUGCGUUGCGUCGACGGCGACCGACGGCUCGCUGCACGUGUGGCGCAUCGAGAUGGUGCAGUCCACGUCGUCGGUGCCGCGGUACGGCCGGCCGAAGCUGGUGUCCAACUUCCAGCUGAGCACGCCGGACGAGUAUGCCAACUGCCUCCUGAGCACGCCGGACGAGUAUGCCAACUGCCUCGUGCAGAGCAGCACCGAGACAGCCUCGCACCUCAUUUUGGGCACGUCGCUGAGCCGGCUGACGAUCCUGGAUCUGCGCACGAUGCAGGUGCUGCAGACGCUGCGUAAUCCGGUCGAGUACGGGCCGAUCACGUGCCUCUGCGUGGACCGCAAGAAGGCAUGGCUGCUCGUGGGCACGCUGGCGGGCGUGGUGUGUCUGUGGGAUUUGCGCUUCGGCUUGAGGCUGCGGGCGUGGCAGGUGGCGCCGACGCAGGCGGGCGUGCUGUGCAGGGUGAACCAGAUCGCCAUCCAUCCGUCCAAGGGACGCGGCAGGUGGGUGCUGGUGGCGUUCGAACGCGUGGGGCAGGCGAACCUCGAGGCGGGCACGGCGCGCGUCGAGCAGCCCGAGGUCAUGGUCGAGACGUGGGACAUUGACCGUGGGAUGCGCGUCGAGACGUUUGAAGCGCGCAUCGACGCCGAGGGUGGCGAAACGGUCGGGCGAUCGACUAAGCUGACGCCGGUGCCUGAAGCAGGUGCGGGUGGUGACGGUGCGAGCGAUGCGGCGUUGACGGGUGCAGCAGCGGCGAUCGAGAGACUGCUACGCCAAACGCAACCGCCAGUCGCUGGAGACACGGACCCCUUCGCCCGCCAGCCGGAUUCGGCGGCAUCGGCGGCGAGCUGUGCAGUCAAGGCGCUGUACGUCAGCCUGGACGGCUACUCGAGCUCCACGCUUUCCGCCACGCCCGCUCCCUCGUCCACACGGGACGAGACCGGCGACGCGCAGACCGAAGACGGCGGUGGCUGGCUCGACGUUGGCAAGCUUACGACGUCCGAGCCGCCCGCUGCGGCCGGCGGGCCGGGUGGCUACAUGAUCACAGCCGGCUCGGACGCACGCCUGCGCUUCUGGGACCUGGGUCGGCCAGACAAGAGUGCCGUAUUCGGCGUGGCCCCGCAACUCGCAGCAGCCGGUGCGGGCGUGUCGGAGGUGCAGUCGCAGUUCACGGCAGCUGCGCCGAGCGCUGGCACGACGGCUCGGUUUGUGCAUGCGAUGGCGUGGCAGGGUGCAGGCCGUCUCAAGUCGCCUCUGCUACCUGCACAUGCGGCCGCGCAUGCCGCCAUGGCCAGAACGCACACAGACGCAGUCACGGCCGUGGGCGUGUUGGAAGCGCCGUUCCGUGCCAUCGUCGCUGCGGACAGAUCAGGCACAAUCCGAGUGUGGGAAUAG